AUGGCGGGGAUUAAUCAUGCAUCUGUCGCCAUGUCCGCUUCCGACGUGCAGGGUCGCAAACGCAAUGUGACCAUUGCCGGCAUGGACAGCUCUCCGGGAAGUAUAGAUGAUAUGGACGAGAACGACUCGCGCGAUGAUAAGAGAAGACAGCCUGUCAAGCGCGCUUGCAAUGAAUGUCGGCAGCAGAAGCUUCGAUGCGAUGUUGUUCAGGACCCUUGGUCUGAUUGUUCCCGGUGUCGGCGGCUUAAACUCGACUGCAAGAUCGAAUCUAAUUUUAAGCGGGUGGGAAAGCGCAGCCGCAAUGCGGAGAUGGAGCGAGAGAUUAUCGAAUUGAGGAAGCAGAUUGCCUCUGGUGGCUCUGUCCCAACAGUACACCAGCAGCAACAGCACGCUUCACCAGGGCAGUUGACGCCUAAGCAGGAAUCUAGCCAGGUCAGCCCCGCAGGCAUUUACCAGACCCAGACUCCAUCCGCCUUGUCUACAGACCAAUACAUGGGCUCCCAGGAGGCGGUUGCAUCCCUCCUGGACCUUCGUUCAGGAUACGACAGCUCCAACUACUUGAGAAAUGGUGGCACCCAGAUCAAGCGCAUCGAAGAUGUCAUGGUCGUACCAGAGAAAGCCAGUGAAUUGUUCAACCUAUUUUUCACAUAUUAUCACCCGUUCCUCCCCUUCCUCGAUCGUCAAAAAUCCGCCGACGAUUACUUUAACACUUCUCCCUUGCUUUUCUGGACCAUUAUCAGUGUUGGCGCUAGACGCUACCAGAGUGACACCGGUCUACUCACCUCGCUAGCGGGACCUGUCACUCGCCUCGUCUGGAGUACACUAGCCGAUAUCCCUCAAAGCUACCAUGUGGUGAAAGCACUGUGUCUGCUGUGCUCUUGGCCAUUCCCUACCAGCAGCACGUCCACCGACCCAACAUUCAUGCUCUGCGGAAUGAUGGUGCAGGUUGCUAUGCAGCUUGGUCUUCAUCGACCAUCUCACAGCCAGGACUUCAGCAAAUUCCGUGUAGAGCUCAUCGAGGAGGAACUAAGGGACAAAGUGCGGACCUGGGCCAUUUGUAACAUUGUUGCGCAACGGGUUUCCACUGGUUAUGGCCAACCACCUUCUAGCCUCUAUGACUGGACAUUGUCUGGGGAGUCAUCAGAUGUUAACUUCAAGCUACCUGGGGACAUCAAACCCCGAUUAGAGAUCGAAAACUUUUGCGACAAGAUCACCAGAUCACUCUACUCCAACCGACGGGACCCUGUCGGGUUGAGCAGCGAUCAAGAACGAUUGACAAUGAUUUCAUUUCUUUCGCGAGAUUUUGAUGAGCUUGAAGAGCAUUUCAAGUCACAAAAUGACUGCAUCACCGAUUUAUACCUUCGCGCGGCCAACCUUCACUUGCAUCUGUCAGCAUUCUUUGAUGAUCCUUCAGCAAAAGACUACCGCGGACGUCUUCUUUCCCUCUAUGUGGCGACUACAUCUUUCCUCGAGGUCGCCAUGAAUCUUGAAACCGAAGUUGGGCCUGUCCUCUCGUACACGCCCUACUAUGUCUACCAGAUGAUGGUUGCAGCGGGCUGCACUCUUCUCAAACUAAGUAAGAGCUUCUUCAGCAACCAUAUUGACAUGGAUUACACCAAGACUUUGUUCAAUCGGACCAUCUGGGCUAUUCGUGGAGUAUCCGUCUCGAACAAUGACCUGCCGGAGCGUCUGGCUGAGGUACUGGCUCAGAUGUGGAGACUGGGAGUCACCUCGAAGCAGUCAGCCACAAGCAAUGCCGAUGUAGAUGACUCGCUGAGGCUCAAGGUUCGCUGUCGCAUGAGUAUGUCUCUCCUCUUCGACUCCGUCUGGCGAUGGCGAGAGGACGCACGAACGAAGGGACGAAACAUCGAAGCCUACCUCAAGAACCCGACGAAUCCAGAUUCAACAGCCGACUCAUCUGUUGGCUCAUCCGUGGCCCCUCCACGCACAUCAUCAUCCACACCCGGCAUUGCCGGUGGCGAUCCAAGUCUGGCUCCGACCCCGAUACUGCCAAACCUUGGUGUUGGAGCAGCACCAAGCAAUGGAGCCGGCGGGCUCCCAAGCGGAUUCAUUGAGCCGAAUUACGAAGUGUUUGAUCCGCUCAACUGGCUUCUCGACGGCCUCGUCGACUUGCCAUAUUCAUAUUCAACCAUGAGCGGGAUGGAGACACAGAUCGCAUAG